CUCCGGCGGCGCUUUCCUCCCUGGCGGCGGCUGGCGGCGGCGGGUGGAAAUGAGCAGGUCGGCGGCGCUUCUCCUCUGCCUGCUGGGCUGCAACGUGUGGAAGGCGGUGACCAAAACCUUAGGGGCGCCCGAGGCGGCUCAAGAAGUAACGCUGAAAGUCCACGUGAGCGAUGCCAGCACACAUCAGCCAGUAACGGAAGCCUUCAUUGAGGUUUUUACCAACCAGAUCUCCAUUGCAUCUGGAACCUCAGGAGCAGAUGGCACUGCCUUCCUCAAGUUUCAGUAUAAAUUGGGCAAUCAGCUGAUAGUGACUGCUAGUAAACAUGCCUAUGUGCCAAAUUCUGCACCAUGGAAACCUGUAAGAUUGCCUGUCUUCUCUUCACUGAGUCUUGGCCUUCUUCCUGAACGCUCAGCUACUCUAAUGGUCUAUGAUGAUGUAGUCCAGAUAGUCUCAGGAUUUCAAGGUGCACGGACUCAGCCACAAGUUCACUUUCAGAGAAGAUCAGUGAAAUUACCAGAGAACACCAGCUAUAGUGAUUUGACAGCAUAUCUGACCGCAGCCAGUUCACCCUGGGAAGUGGACAGUUUCCCUUACUUGCAGGGAUUGGAUGGAAAUGGAACAGGAAACAGCACUAGGUAUGACCUCACCCCUGUCGCUGCAGUCAGCGUCCAUCUUCUCAGCAGUGAUGGUACUCCAGUCCCAGUGAAUGGCCCCAUCUACGUAACAGUGCCUCUGCCAACAAACAGCAACUUGAAGCACAAUGCACACGUUCCAGCCUGGAGGUUUGACCAAAAAUUUGGGACGUGGCUGAAGAGUAGUUUGGGACUUGUGCAACAGGAAGGAAAUCAGUUGACUUGGACUUACAUUGCCCCUCAGCUGGGCUACUGGGUUGCAGCCAUGUCACCUACUAUCCCAGGUCCCGUUGUAACGCACGACAUUACCAGCUAUCACACCAUGUUUCUUUUGGCAAUUUUAGGAGGGAUGGCUCUCAUACUUCUAGUCUUACUGUGUCUCCUUUUGUAUUAUUGCAGAAGAAAAUGUUUAAGACCUCGUCAGCAUCAUAAGAAACUGCAACUUCCCACAGCACUGGACACUUCUAAGAAGGAUCAAGCAACCUCUAUGUCCCAUAUAAAUUUAAUAUUUUCACGCCGUGAGUCAGAAUUUCCUGGCGGGCUCUCUGUUGCUAGCAAUGGACACACUGAAAACUCAGGUGCGAAAGAAUUAAUCAGUGCUGUCCACAUGGAGAUGGUGUCACCUAGUGGAGAAGCAGAUAUGCAUACACCUAUGCUCAAACACUCCUUCAGUACUUCCCAGGAGUUCAGCUCCCGAGAGGAACUGCUCUCUGACAAGGAGAAAGACAAGAGCAGAAUUUCCUUGGAUGACCUGACUCCCAGCGGGUCUCUGAGAAAAGACUACCACAAAUCAGCAGAUAGUUUUCCUUUAAAGACAAGAAAAUCUACAGAAACAGCUGAAGGCUAUGAGUCCCCCGUCAAAGAUGAAUAUAGGAGAAGUUACAAUGCUAUGCUAUCUCAGCCUUUAUUUGAAAAGCAAGAGAGAGAAAUUCAAGUAUCUAUGAACCAUAUUGCUACUGGAAGUAAAUACAAUAUUCAGGAACAAAUAUACCCCACACCUUCAGCUCCUGAAAAAGAGCUGCUGGACUGCAGACCUACUGAAUGUAUGAUGUCUCGUUCGGUCGAUCACCUUGAAAGACCUACAUCUUUCCCUCGACCAGGUCAGUUAAUCUGCUGCAAUUCUGUUGACCAAGUUAAUGACAGUGUUUACAGAAAAGUUUUGCCUGCACUGGUGAUCCCGGGUCAUUACAUGAAAUUACCAGAGCACUCUUUCGUUAGCCAGCCGCUGGUUGUCCCCGCUGACCAGCCCAUUGAUCUAGAAAGACUUCAGGCUGAGCUUCCCAAUCCUCAUGCACGGCUUUUUCCACACCCCCCACAACAGUUGCAGCCCCAACAGUUGACAUCACAAGCAAUAUCUCAACAACAUUUGCAAGAUGCAGGUGCAGCUGAGUGGAGUCAACAAAACGCUUCCAUGUCUGAAUCUAUUUCCAUCCCCGCCUCACUUAAUGACGCAUCCCUGGCUCAAAUGAACAGCGAAGUGCAGCUUCUUACAGAAAAGGCGUUGAUGGAAUUAGGAGGAGGAAAGCCGUUGCCUCAUCCUCGAGCGUGGUUCGUUUCUCUAGAUGGACGCUCAAAUGCUCACGUUAGACAUUCGUACAUUGAUCUCCAAAGAGCUGGGAGGAAUGGGAGUAACGAUGCCAGUUUGGACUCUGGCGUCGACAUGAACGAACCAAAAUCUGCACGAAAGGGAAGAGGAGAUCAUCUGUCUGCACCACAGAGUCACCCACCAGUGCAAGAGCACCAGCAGAGAGAGCGGAAGGUUUCGGAUAGCACAGCUUACACCCAACUUGUGUAUUUGGAUGAUAUGGACCAAAGUGGCAGCGAGUGCGGAACGGCGGUUUGUAGCCCUGAGGACAAUGCUCUGCGAUGCCUACUGGAAGGCACAAGUAAGAGAAGUGGUGUGCAGCUGCCCAGUCUGCAGGAGGAAACGAGAACUGUGGAUACCAAACCAGAGCCAUUAACUAGUCCUGAGCAUGGAACGUCAGGUCAAGAUGAGGAGGAGGAUGAGGAGGAUGAGGAAGAUGACCAAGGUGAAGAUAAGAAGAGUCCUUGGCAGAAACGAGAGGAAAGACCACUAAUGACUUUCAACCUGAAGUAAGCUAUUGUGAAAAUCCACCAUUCAGUGGAGUAUAAAAUUGCCAAAUAUUCUUUCUGUGGAAGUGCUUGAUUUUUUUUUUUUCCCUUUUUUUUUUUUUUUUUUUUUUUUUGUGGAGAGAAAAGAGAAAAAUAAACUGGUGAGCAACAUUUGAAAGAAGUUAAACGCAUUACUGUGUAAAUGUUAGAAAAAGAAUUAAAAUCAUUCCUCUGAUUUAGCAGCUGCCUCCGGUGAGAUAGCUGAACAAAGAGUGUGAUUGUUAUUUCAUAUACUUGAUAUUGGUCAUCCAGGAUGUUGAAAAUACUGACAAAUCGUUUUGGUUGGUUUAUGACCUCAAUCUCCUUAAGAAUAGGAGCUGGUAAAGCUUUUGUUUUGUAGGCUAAUUCUAUGUUGAUAAUGCUACUGAAAGUAUCUUAAAAACAAGAGUUUGACACAUGGUGUCCAAAAUUGUGCAUUAUCUCAAUGAAAGGCUAUGCAUUGCUGCUUUUAGUAAUAUUUUGCUUAUACUAUGCUUUUCUUAAUUUCACAAGUUGGUUGUAAACAUUUUAUGUCCUUUAUUAUAAACUACUCAGCAAUUUAUUUUAAUGUAAAACUGCAGGAAACUUGAGUAGCAUCCCUUAGCAUUGAAGCCUUUUUAUGAAACCAAACUGAACUUUGUGUCGACUAAGAUUCCUCCAAUUCUGGUCCCAUUUACUCAAAGUGCCUUUUUUACAGUAACAAUGAACAGUCCCUUCUUUUGCUAACUCCUUUUAAUUGACCCCGUUUGGGAUUUUAUAAACUUCUGAACUUCUACCUUUUAUUUUAAGCUGCAUGUCAAGAGUCCCUUUUGUGCUGAGCAUUUCUCAUUUCAGUACAGUGUAUUCUGUAGCUAUCAUGUAUAUUGUGGAUUCUGUUUAGCCAGGGUAGACUUAGAAGACAUUUUAAAGGGCCCAGAGUAGCCAAGAAGAUAGUUUCAUUGACUGUAUAUAUUGUUAGCUUCCUCUGGAAUCGUCUGAGCAAAUCAUGCUCAUUAAAUGGACUAUAGGCCGAGCAAGUGGACUGAAUGUGUCUGGAAAACUUUUUGGAAAAAAAAAAAUGUACUGUCCUAAAGUGCCAGAAUUACUCUUCUGUGCUUUCUCCAUACAGAGCUGCUUGGUUAUCCAAAAAUUAUGAUUGAAAAUAAACCGCAAAAAGAAA